CGAGUAUCGGUGGAGCGCGGGGAGGCCAGUGGGUGACGGACCCCCCAGCCUACUUAGGAGAAACCAUGGACUCCCAAGUGGAGUCUCGGUGGCCGCCAGGCCUGGCAGUCAUGAAGACAAUAGAUGAUUUGCUGCGGUGUGGAAUUUGCUUUGAAUAUUUCAACAUUGCAAUGAUGAUUCCGCAGUGCUCCCAUAACUACUGUUCUCUCUGUAUAAGAAAAUUUCUCUCUUAUAAAACACAGUGUCCAACUUGUUGUGUGACAGUCACAGAGCCGGAUCUGAAAAAUAACCGCAUAUUAGAUGAACUGGUAAAAAGCUUGAAUUUUGCACGGAAUCAUCUGCUACAGUUUGCCUUAGAGUCACCCCCCAUAUCCCCUGCUUCCUCCUCUUCAAAGAACCUUGCUGCCAAAGUACACACUCCUGUAGCCUUCAGACAUUCAAAGCAAGGAAGCAAAUUAAUGGAGAAUUUCUUGAUCAGAGAAACUGGUGGUUCCGCAUCAGAGUUGUCGAUAAAAGAGAAUGAAAGUAAAUUCCUCCCUCAAAAAGAGGGCAGCGCUUCUUCAAAGACCAAAGAGACGCCUUCUGUGGAAAAGACAGCUCCACAUUCCUUAGAUGCUCAUGUUCCUGAGACACCCUCUACGUCAGCCUUGAAACAGGCUGUCAAAGUGGAUUGUCCUGUUUGUGGGGUUAAUAUUCCAGAAAAUCACAUUAAUAAGCACUUAGACAGCUGUUUAACACGUGAGGAGAAGAAGGAAAGCCUCAGAAGUUCUAUUCACAAAAGAAAGCCUCUGCCCAAAACUGUAUAUAACUUGCUCUCAGAUCGUGAUUUAAAGAAAAAGCUAAAACAGCAUGGAUUAUCUAUUCAAGGAAAUAAACAACAGCUCAUUAAAAGGCACCAAGAAUUUGUACACAUGUACAAUGCCCAGUGCGAUGCUUUGCACCCUAAAUCAGCUGCUGAAAUCGUUCAAGAAAUUGAAACCAUGGAGAAGACUCGGAUGCGUCUUGAAGCUAGUAAACUCAACGAAAGCAUAAUGGUUUUUACAAAGGACCAAACGGAAAAAGAAAUAGAUGAAAUUCACAGUAAAUAUCGUAAAAAACAUCAGAAUGAAUUUCGGCUUCUGGUGGAUCAGGCCAAAAAAGGAUACAAGAAAACUGUUGAAACGCCAGCCAAAAAAGUAAUGAGAAAAGAAGAUGAAUCUACAGAAAAGCUAUUAUGCACGGAACAGGAAGAUAAAAAAAUGAAAUUCUCAGCUAUUCUCCCCAUAACAAACCACUUCCCUCAGUCAAAGCUGGAAUCUCCAGGGAGAAUGGAGCCUGACAGACCAGAUGAUUCUUCCAGUUGUACUGAUAUUCAAGAAGAAGCUCUUUCUUCAUCAGACUCGGACUCAUUCAAUAGUUCUAGUUCAGACAUCAUAAGAGAUCUUCUAGAAGAAGAGGAAGCCUGGGAAGCAUUACAUAAAAAUGAUCUUCAAGAUGCAGAAAUGAGUCCAAGGCACAAUCGUCGAACAAGAUCAGAUGAGAUUGCUGAGAUUGAGCCGAGAAAUAAGCGGAACAGGAAUUAGUGUGGGCUUUGCUGACUUUUCCAGUGUGGUGGGUGGCAUGUGCUGCUUUGGGUUGCCACGCAGACUUCGUGUUCAUAAAUGCCCAAGUGAAGGUGUUAACUUCUCAAUA